GUCCCCGCGUCCCCUCGUCACCAUCCCCAGUGGGUCCCUGCAUCCCCUCGUUACCAUCCCCAGUGGGUCCCCACAUCCCCUCUGUCACCAUCCCCAGUGGGUCCCCUCGUCACCAUCCCCAGUGGGUCCCACGCUGAGCUCUGGCUUCUCUUCCAGGUCACCAAUGAGAUCACGCCCGUGCUCACCUACUCGUACAUGGCGGUGCUCGUGCCCGUCUUCCUGCUCACCGACUUCCUGCGCUACAAGCCGGUGCUGGUGCUGCAGAGCCUGAGCCACGUGUGCGUGUGGCUGCUGCUCACGGUGGGCCGCGACCUGGCCGCCAUGCAGUUCAUGGAGUUCUUCUACGGCGUGACCAUGGCGGCGCGCGUGGCCUACUCCUCGUACAUCUUCUCCCUGGUCAGCCCCGCGCGCUACCAGCGCAUGGCCAGCUACUCGCGCUCGUCCGUGCUGCUGGGCGUCUUCGCGAGCUCCGUGCUGGGCCAGCUCUGCGUCACGGCGGGCCGCGUGCCCUUCGCCACCCUCAAUCGCGUCUCCCUGGGCUUCAUGGCCUUCGCGCUGCUGCUGGCGCUCUUCCUGAAGCGGCCCAAGCGCAGCCUCUUCUUCAAUCGCCGGGAAGCCGCCGGCCGCGGGCCGUCCCCCUCCGAGCUGGACCACAUGAACCCGGACAAGGCGAAGGCGGCCAAGGGCCGGCCGGGCUGGCGCGGGCUGGCCGCCUGCAGGGGGUCGGUGCUGGGGCGGAUGCUGGCGCAGCUCAGGGACGUCGCCCGCGUGCCGCAGCUGCGCCUCUGGUCCCUCUGGUGGGUGUUCAACUUCGUGGGCUACUACCUGGUCAUCUACUACAUCCACGUGUUGUGGAACGAGGUGAACCCCACCAAGGUGUACAACGGGGGCGUGGACGCCGCCGCGACGCUGCUGGGGGCCGUCACCUCCUUCGCCGCAGGCUUCGUGAAGAUCCGCUGGGCCGUGUGGUCCGAGCUGGUGAUCGGGAGCGUCACCGUCCUCCAGGCCGGGCUCAUCCUGCUCAUGUACUCCACCGGCGACAUCUGGACGUGCUACGUGGCCCUGGUGCUGUUCCGAGGCCUCCAUCAGUUCCUGGUCCCCAUCGCCACUUUCCAGAUCGCCUCAUCCCUGACCAAAGAGCUGUGUGCCCUCGUGUUUGGGGUCAACACCUUCCUGGCCACCAUCCUGAAGACCAUCAUGACCAUCAUUGUGGCCGACAAGAGAGGCCUUGGGCUCCCCGUCCGCUCCCAGUUCCGAGUCUACUUUGGCUACUUCACGGUGCUGGCUGUGGCCUAUUUCUCGGGGGCUGUGUACGUGGCGGUGAAGCACUGUUGGCAGAGCCGACUGCAGAGGAUCCCUUUGGCGAAUGAGUUGAGGAGCCCUGCAGAGAUGUCCGAGAAGGCACAGAGUCCAAAUGAUGACAGUGUCCCUGGGGUCCAGGCCUGACGGGAGAUGCCUCUGGGCGGAAGGACAGCUCUCCCGUGCUCCACCCUAGGAGGGAGGGAAGCCCCUCACCCUACUUCUGGGGGGUCGGGGACUCGAGGGUCUUAGCCGUGGCCUCGUCUCUUCUGCCCCACCUAAUACGGACGGCUUCCUCGAGCUGGGUUUGGGUUUAUGUUAAGAGCACCUUGGGAAACCGAGGCCAAGAGCUUGGUCCAUGCGAUUCAGCUGUAUCACCGUCCAUCCAUCUUUCUUUUGUAAGGCUCCAUCAGAUGGUGAAUUUCUCAUUGUGAUUAAGAAAUAGCCCUUGCCCAGACCACGAAGCGAGGCCAUCCAAGGUCUCAGCUUCUUGGCCAACAGCUCUGGUGCCCCUCUGAGAACCAGGUGAAUUGACUGCCCCAGGCCUUGCCCAAGCUUUGGGGGGACGACUGAGCCAUUCGAGGCAAACAGCUUCAGUGCUUAGCGGGGCUCACCGAAACCCUUGGAGGUGGAGAUGGUGGGCUCUCCUCAGGCACUUUUCACCCACCAGUGGGAUUUCCCAAAGUAAUGGCGACCCAGCAGGGGGAUGCACACCUCCCUGCUUUCCUGCUUUGCUCAGGCCCCCAUAUCCCUGCUCAGCUGCCCUAGGAGGCCCUUGUCAGCUUUCCUAGAAGGCACCCGGAAUUUAAAAGCACCCCCUCUCUGGAGCCCCUCUGUUGUGUGCUGGCUGAUAUGAGACCCCUGUAAGAACGAGAGAGGGUAUCGCUGCUUCGCCCUGCCCCCAUGCAGCUUUGUGUCUGACUUACGAGCAGGCCAGUAAUGAGCCUAGUCCUAGCCCAUCAGUACUCGGGUCCUGCCCCCCGCAGAUCUCAAGCAUCCGUCCCCUGGACAUCCCAGCCUCUCUCGCGCCCACUUUCUUCCCCUGAGGGGCUCUUUGGACCUCAGUUGUUCAGCCUCAGGGAAGAGGGUGGGUGGUGCUCCCUGAAGCCUCCAGCCUCCUGUCCUAAAGCAAUGCCGUGCUGUCUUUUUUGGCUCUUGAGACCUCCUGUGCCCUGAGAGGGGCCCUUGGCUCCCCACCCACCCACUAGUGGCUGCCCCCAGGGCAGGGCUGUUUCCAGGGGAGAGCCGGCCCCCAUGGCUUCCUUACAGCCAUUUCCUUCACAGACAUCCUGAGGGAUGUUGAGCCAGUCGAAUCAUGUUUUGGAGCCUCAGUCUCCCCAUUUGUAAAAUGGGCUGAUACUGACCUACCUCACAGAAAGGUUUGUAGGGUAAAGGAGAGCAGUUGGAAGGAGACUCGGCCAAAGCUCUGGGAACCUCAUUGGUCCACAGUAUUAGCACCCCUGACCCCCCAGGAUAAGGAAGAAGCCCAGACUGGGGGCCGGAAUCCUGGCUGUGCCCCCAGUGACGGUCAUGAGGCUUCUGGGGGUGCCUCAGUUUCCUCUGUAGAAGGCUCGCUGGCCCCCCUCCCUUCUAGAGGUCCUCUGACACUCAAGCAGUGAUGAGAUCGGAGAUUGGGGCUGCUUUUGCCCCCUCCCCCGGUCUCCUGUGGCCCCCCACUCUGGCCCCACUCCAGGUUCCAUCCUGCUCUGGGGACAGAAAUCAGGAUUUCUUUGUGCAAUAAAGCAGCUUGUACCCAG